UGUGAGGAGUUUCCAGUCUGGGCGGAGCGACGCUGCGGGGCCGCGAUGCAGGAAGUCCAGAGUCCGCUGUAGUUUCUGGGUUCUUUCAGCUGUCAAACAUGUUCCUCCUGCCACACGAAGGGCGGGACGGCUGCAGCUUCCCUCCGUGCUCCGAGCUGUAGACACCUGUCUGCGAUGUGUCAGGCCGUGCUGGUGGAUCUGACGCACAGCUGCUGUCCAACAUGCGCCGGCUCGUCCCUACUGGACAUAUCUGCAUCCGACUCGCACGUGUUUCUGCUGUGCGUGAAACGUUACCGGGAAGAAAGGGAGAAAAACGGCUUUUCGGACCCGUUUUUGAGCUCGUGCAAGAGCGUGCAUGUCCUGGACUCCGGCUCCACCGCGGAGUGUCUGUACCGGUUCAAGCAGACAGUGGACCAGCUGGACCUGAGCUCCGUUACGGUUCUCACGACCCUUCGGGGUCGAGAGGUGCUGGCUCUGUACCAGGAGCAGCUUUUUACGUCCGUGUACACGUUUGAUUACAAAGUUAGAUCCGAUGACCUCACCUGCCCGAGCCGCACAGGCUCCGCCCACACGGACUCACCUGGUGAAGGUGUCCAUGAAGAAGUGUCGGCGUUUCUGCAGCGGCUACCUGCACUGAAGGGAGACAUCAUGGUGCUGAGAUCAACACUGAUUCCAGACUGUUUCGGUCAUGGCUUCAGUACCCGUACGGGCGGUGUGUCCUACAUCCCGACCCUGUCCUCCUUGAAUCUGUUCAGCAGCAGCAGGAGAAGGGACCCCGGGGCCGUGGUGAUGGAGAACAGACGCCGCCUGGCCCUCCAUGCUGGUUUCCACCCCAAGCCGCUACGCCUCGUCAAGGUGAACCACGGCAGCGACGUUUGGGUUGUGGGGAAAGCUGAGCCUUCGAGCUAUGACGGGAUCGUGACCAAUCAGACUGGGGUUGUUCUAGGGUCUCCAGGAGCGGACUGCAUGCCCAUCCUGUUUGCCGAUCCGGUGUCAAAGGCCAUUGGAGCUGCUCAUGCAGGUUGGAAAGGGACCCUGAUGGGGGUUGCCAUGGCGACGGUGGGGGCCAUGGUAACAGAGCUGGGUUGCCAGGUGAGCGACAUCGUGGUGGCGGUGGGACCGUCGGUGGGGGCAUGCUGUUUCACCCUGGAGAGGGAGCAGGCUCUGGACUUCAUCCGCAUUCACCCGGACUGUGUCCCCGACCCAGACUCAGCCAGGCCGCAUGUCAACAUCCGCCUCGCCAACAGAAUCCUCCUCCAGAGCGGCGGGAUCCUGCCCGAACACAUCCACGACGACGCAACGAUGACGGACCGGUCAAGCGUGACGCCCUGCACCUCCUGUCACCCCGCACUCUUCUUCUCCCACGUAAGAGACGGACUCAACUUCGGCACCCAGGCGGGCUUCGUGUGGAUCAAAGAAACGGCAGAACGGGGCCAGAAAUCCGGCAGGUGAGACGAACCCACAGGAGGGACGUCGUCAGUCACCGAUACCCACGGAGGGACUAUGAGGAAAUGGGCCUCCACUCGUCCUUUACAGGGCCCCCAGACUGAGAGAGACACAGCACCACCACAGACGAGGCGACUGCGUCGUUUGUGGUGGAAAAUAAAUCCCUUCAUUUUAUAAUCACACUAUAUUAAAGUGAAAUGUUUAACAGAGCCUCUCAUGGUGAAUAAUGACUGUUAAACCUGUACGCUAUGUUGCACAAUUUGUAUUUUGUGUUCCACUGUUUAAAAUCAUGUUAAUACUGAUGUCAAAUAAACGUUAAC